AUGGAGUUUCGCUCACUCUGCGACUUAGCCAGAGCGCGAUUAGACCAAUGGUAUAGUAAUCGAGACAAUGUCGAAACGGAGUUGUAUGAACUGAUCAAGCGGAUAGUGGAAAAUAAUGGAACAGCUAUGUUCGGAACAUCGCAUGAAGGAUUUGCCGAGGUCUUUGAAGAUCGGUCGCUAGAGUAUGUUAUACUGGAUACGAUUUUGAAAAGCAAACUCAUUGAAGCUGUCACAGCGCUUAUCGAAUCUGAGGAAAGCAGUCUGAGGGCCUAUGGCGUAGAAAACCGUCGUGGCUUCACUCCACCAGCUAACACUCCGUGGCAUCUCGUUCUUCCCAUUCUCAACAAGCUCAGCCGUCUGAACAAAAUUUUUUAUUCGCUGAAAUGGCCAGAGUUUUUACCACGUCUCAUAGCACAUGCUGAAAUUGUCAAGGACCUUAUCGCCGCAGGCCAUGUUCCCGAUAUCCUCGAGCAGUUUCGCAUGUUCUUCCAUAACGUGAAGCUCGAACGUGACGACGUACGGAAUCUGCUGAUGGCGUAUCUUCGUGGAUAG